UCGCACUUUGGCCGGAAGUUGCGUGAGCAGUAGGCUAUCAUCGGAACUGAUAGCCGCCUGCUAUCCUAAAACACAGUAAAAAAAUAUCUGUAAAAUCGUUUUUAGUUAAUUCAGAGUCAAAGGUAAACUAACUCCAAGACAAAUAUGGACGACGAUGUGUUGACGACUCUGAAGCUGUUGAUAAUUGGUGAAAGUGGCGUCGGAAAGUCCAGUCUGCUCCUGAGGUUCACAGAGGAUACUUUCGAUCCAGAGCAGUCUGCCACAAUAGGUGUGGACUUCAAAGUAAAAACACUUGCAAUCGAUGGAAAUAAAGCUAAGCUCGCCAUAUGGGACACAGCUGGACAGGAACGGUUUCGCACUCUGACACCCAGCUAUUACCGCGGCGCACAGGGAGUCAUACUUGUGUAUGAUGUCACAAAGCGUGACACGUUUACGAAGCUCGAAAACUGGCUGAACGAACUGGAGACCUACACAACACGCAACGACAUAGUGAAAAUGCUGGUUGGGAACAAAAUUGAUAAAGACGACCGCGAAGUGGACAGAAACGAGGGGCUGAAGUUUGCUCGGAAACACUCUAUGCUUUUUAUCGAGGCCAGUGCAAAGACCAAAGAUGGCGUCCAAUGUGCCUUUGAGGAGUUGGUAGAAAAGAUCCUCCAGACUCCGGGGCUCUGGGAGAGCGAAAACCAGGGUCAGAAAGUUCGGCUGGGAGACCAGGAGCAUGCCAGGCCUGGGGCGUGCGGAGGAUACUGUUCCAUACCCUGAAAUGAAAAAGCACAGACGUGAGAGGACUGACUAGUGACGGGAAACGGAGAGUGAGCGAGAGGUGGAAGUGGAUGAGCACCUUUUUAUUUGUCGGGAGUACGUCAGUCGGUCGAACAGACACUGCUGUUUGCACACUUCCUUUUCCAUCACUUAUAUAUCACUACUUCCUGUUUAAAAGAAUCACGCAGAAAAAGAGCCUCGUGUUUGAGGUGGGUGUUUUAAAUUAACCACGUGGAGUAUGAGUCUGUCAUCCGAGUAUGUAUGGUUUGAAUUUAUCUUGGUGGCUCAGCUGUACAUUAAGACUUCAGGUUACACAGUUCUUUCAGCGUGGACCGAUUUUGUGGUUAGAAUAGACAGCCUGUCAGAUUUUAAUCUAAUAAAUUAAUUGAAGUCUCCUUCAUCUCUAAACAAAUCUCACCUUCUAUGUAGCUGCAAAGUACAAAAUCUUCUGCCAUACAUAUAUUAGGAAGCUUUAUUAAACGCAUACUAUAGCAUUGGAUUGAGGAUUAGGGUGGGAAACAUCCAGGCUAAUGCAGGUUUUCAUUUCAGUGCACAUGAGAACACUGUGAAUUCUCAAAAAUCUAACCUUUUCCAAUGACACCCCAACCGCCACCCAGUUACUGACAUCAGUUUGUCUUUUCUGUUCACUCGUGUGUUGUCUGUUUGUCUAUUAUGUCGAUUCUCUGCUUCAGACUAUUUAGAUGCCUUCAAACGAAUUGAUUUCCUGUGUUUAUUCCUUUUGGCGUGAAAAUGUGCAAGAAAAGUGAUCAACUUUGUCUUGCAGGAUUUCCUGUAACCGAACCCAUCUCUGUCUUUGCAUGCGUGAUCUGGACGGUAACUUCUAGAGCUACAAGUGUAAAGUUUACAGUACCACGAGCUCUUGCAAUAAAAUGUACCUUUUUAUGCACUUGAGCUCAUAGAUUGUUUUUUAAUACUAAACUUUGACCUUGUAAUCUUGUUUUCGCAUUUAUUUUGAAGGAUUCAUUUAGUGUUGUCCAAGUUUAUUGAAGGUAUUUCAUACUUAACAUAGCUGUGUUCUUUCCCAUCUUCAGUAUAUUAUGAACUUGAUGUGUUUUUGCUGUUUGUUUCUGUUUUCUCGAUAAAAAAUUAUGUUGAACUCUUCGCCCUGCUACACCCUUUCUCUCUCCCCCCGCUCCCCCAUUGCUUUUGCUGUGCAUCUGUUUCAAUCAUAUAAAGUAAUAUGUUAAAUCGAUAUCUGCCUUAAUAUCGAGAUGCAUUUGCUAGAGUUAUGGUCAAUUAACGUUUGAAUUGUUUCAAACUGAAAUAAAUGACAAACCUCAAGAUGCCGUCACUCGUGUCUGUUGUUUAAUGGCCCUGUGGGAUCUGCCUUUUAGUUUCCGUGUUGUGUAGAAGCCCACCUAAUCAAAAGCAGGUUUACAGUGGAAACUUCAAGUGAGGCGCUCUUUCCAUAAUACUUUGUUGAUGACUAGCCUCCUGCACAUGUAAGACUGAAAACAUUCCUUGCAACAAAAAAACAAAACAAAAAAAAAAACAGACCAAAACUGGGACGUGUGGAAAAAUCCAGUUAAUCAUGUUGUUU